GUGAAAGUCAGACUCCAUUUUGUGUGGAGGGGAAAAUACACCAUUUCAGGAGUAAAAACACAGGUUUGAUUUAACACACCGAUGUUGGAGUGAAGUGAACGUGUGUCCUGCUGUAAUCUGGAGGAGACAUGACCUCCAACAUGAGUGUGUCUGGAGAACAGGACUUAAAGAGAGACGAGAGAAUGAUGGAGGGAAAGAGAUCAGACUCACCAGAACCCAGCUGUGUGUCCAUGAAGAGUGACGCGUCAAUGGAUCUCCCAUUUACCUUCAGUGACGGAGCCAGUUCUCCUGAUGUGAGACCACAACAGAAGAAAUCAAACCUCAGCAGAAAUCAGUUGGACUCCAUAUUCAAGGAGCUGGAACACAAAGUCAUCAGUCUGAUAAAGAAUGAGCUGAAGAGGUUUAGGAAGCUCCUGAAUCCAGAUUACCCAGCAUGCACUGAGAGGGAGGUGGAGGAUGAGGAGGAUCUGCACAGUGUCAGAGACGGAGCGCUGAAGAUCACACUGCACGUCCUGAAGAUCAUGAACCACACAGAUCUCGCUAACACACUGCACAACAAACUCGCCUCUGUGUAUCAGACAAAGCUGAAAUCCAGCCUGAGAGAGAAGUUUAAAAGAAUUAAUGAAGGAAUCUCACAGCAUGGAAGCUCAGCACUUCUGAAUGAGAUCUACACAGAUCUCUACAUCACAGAGGGUUGGAGUGGAGACGUCAAUAAUGAACAUGAGGUGAGACAGAUUGAGACAGCGUCCAGGAGACCAGCAGCACAGGAGACACCCAUCAAAUGUAAUGAUCUCUUUAAAGACGAGUCCAUCAGAAGAGUGCUGACUAAAGGUGUUGCUGGAAUUGGAAAAACAGUCUCUGUGCAGAAGUUCAUUCUGGACUGGGCUGAAGGAAAAGCAAAUCAGGACGUCACCUUCAUGUUUCCACUUCCCUUUAGAGAGCUGAAUCUGAUGAAGCAGAAACAUCUCAGUCUGAUGGAUCUUCUUCAUCACUUUUUCUCUGAAAUAAGAAAACUAGAAGUAAUAGACUCCUACAAAGUGGUGUUGAUCUUUGAUGGUCUGGAUGAGUGUCGACUUCCUCUAAAUUUCCAGAAGAAUGAGAGACUGUGUGAUGUGACAGAGUCAGCCUCAGUGGAUGCGCUGCUGACGAACCUCAUCAAGGGGAAUCUGCUUCCCUCUGCUCUCCUCUGGAUAACCUCUCGACCAGCAGCAGCCAAUCAGAUCCCUCCUGAGUGUGUAGACCAGAUAACAGAGGUACGAGGGUUCAGUGAUCCUCAGAAAGAGGAGUACUUCAGGAAGAGGAUCAGUGAUCGGAGCCUGGCCGAUAAAAUCAUCUCACACAUGAAGUCUUCAAGAAGCCUCUACAUCAUGUGCCACAUCCCAGUCUUCUGCUGGAUCUCAGCCACUGUUCUAGAGAGAAUGUUGGGUGAAGCAGAGCGUGGAGAGGUCCCCAAGACUCUGACUCAAAUGUUCACACACUUCCUGAUCUUUCAGAUCAAACACAAGGACCAAAAGUACCAUCAGAAAUGUGGCCCUGAUCCUCAGCAGACCAGAGAGAGUAUCCUGGCACUGGGAAAACUGGCUUUCCAACAGCUGGAGAAAGGAAACCUGAUCUUCUAUGAGGAAGACCUGAGAGAGUGUGGCAUUGAUGUGAGAGAAGUGUCAGUGUACUCAGGAGUGUGUACCCAAAUCUUCAGAGAGGAGUUUGGGCUUCACCUGGGGAAGGUGUUCAGCUUUGUACAUCUGAGUGUUCAGGAGUUUCUGGCUGCUUUAUAUGCAUUUUUCUGCUUUAUUUUUAGAAAGACAAAUGUGUUAGUGGAGCAAAGCACUGGACAUUCUAAUUUCUUCAGAAAGUCAGACAUGUCUGAUCUCCUCAGGAGUGCAGUGAACAAGGCCUUACAGAGUGAGAACGGACACCUGGACCUGUUCCUCCGCUUCCUUCUGGGUCUCUCACUGGAGUCCAAUCAGACUCUCUUACGAGGUUUAAUGCCCCAGACAGGAAGCAGCUCUCACAGCAAACAGGAAACAGUCAAGUACAUCAAGAAGAUGAUCAGGGAGAAUCCAUCUCCAGAGAAAUCCAUCAAUCUGUUCCACUGUCUGAAUGAACUGAAUGAUCAUUCUCUAGUGCAGGAAGUACAGACUUACCUGAACAGAGGAGAUAUCUGGUGUCUCAGGGGAACCAGACUCUCUCCUGCUCAGUGGUCAGCUCUGGUGUUUGUGUUACUGAACUCAGAUCAGGAGCUGGAUGAGUUUGAUUUGAUUAAAUAUGACCCAUCAGAGGAAUGUCUUCUGAAGCUGCUGCCAGUGGUCAAAGCCUCCAGAAAAGCUGUUCUGUGUGUGUGUAAUCUGACAGAGGAAAGCUGUAGAGUUCUGUCCUCAGUUCUCAGAUCAAACUCCUCCAGACUGAGAGAACUGAACCUAAGUGACAAUAACCUGCAGGAUUCAGGAGUGAAGCUGCUCUCUGCUGGACUGGAGAAUCCACACUGUACACUGGAGAUACUGAGGCUGUGUGUGUGUGUAAACUGACAGAGGAAAGCUGUAGAGUUCUGUCCUCAGUUCUCAGAUCAAACUCCUCCAGACUGAGAGAACUGGACCUGAGUGUCAAUAACCUGCAGGAUUCAGGAGUGAAGCUGCUCUCUGCUGGACUGGAGAAUCCACACUGUACACUGGAGAUACUGAGGAUGUGGAACUGCAGGAUUACAGAUGAAGGUUGUGCUGCUCUGGCUUCUGCUCUGAGGUCAAACUCCUCAUCACACCUGAGAGAACUGGAUCUGAACAGUAAUAAUCCAGGAGAAUCAGGAGUGAAGCUGCUCUCUGAUCUACUGAAGGAUCCACACUGUAACCUGGAGACACUACACAUUAAGGGUAAUAAACUCACCAGGACUGGCGUAUGACGGGAGUCUCACCUCAAACCUCUUCUCCAGGAUAAAGCAGUCUUGGUGAAGAGUUAGAACCCGUCCCACAUUUCCAGCAGUUUGGGAGCUGAAUCAUUAAACUUAAAGGGGCAGAGCAGAAACAAAGUCAAGAACAGGGAGAAGGUCGUACACAGGAGAAAUCAACACACGUAACCAAAUAUCUGCUGUACAAAGCAACGGCACCGAUCUGCCCCGGGGAUGGAGACUGACGAGGCUUAAGUACUCGUCCGGAAAUGUACAGCCAACUCAUCCCAAAGCACGAGGCGGGAGCAGGCAUGUACGAGAUGUGAUUGUCCAAUGGCAAGCAGGAACAUGACGCAUUGCAGUGGACUGGGCUUAAAAGAGGAGGAGACAAGACAUCCAUCCCUCCCCCGACAUAGACACACGAAUGGAACAUAGUACAAACAGAAAUACAACUGAGGACGUAACAAUGGCCACGUAUCAAAUAAAAUGUAAACGUGCAUUGAUGAAGGUAAUGUUGUUAGUAAUUGUUUAUAAAUUACCAUGGUAACACAGAGCUCCAAGGUAUAAAAAUAUGGAGUUUGUCAUCAAUCAAACAGUAACCAGUUUUAAUACCUAAAAAAGUUUACGUAGCCAAAUUUAGCAAAGCGCUUUACAGUAAAUUAAAAUGUAAAAUUAAACUAAUGAAAUGUUGUGCAGCACAUGCUUAUGUUAAUGUUUGUUUCAUUAUAUGAUCAUAUAAAUAAAUAAAUAAAUACUCCCAAAAUCACCAGAAUUGAAAGCUUUGAUGCUGUUAAACAUUUAGAGAUUGAGGUUGUGGUGACUCAGUAUUUCACUCAGUAUAUCUGGGUAAGAGACAGUGAACGACUCACUGUUGGCAUUCAUGAAGAAGUCAUAAACUCCACUGGAAUAAUAAAUAGGAUCUAAUAAAAUCAUGAGUGGAAAUUAUUGGUGUAAGUUUGUUAGGAUAGACUUCCUCCAACCUGGAACUAUAUCCUCCAGUCCACGCGGUGGCGGUAACGCGCCUAACAGCUGCGUCUCCGACCAGUAGAAAUCACAGAAGAAGAAAAAACUGCAGCGGGUAUCUUCUGAGCAGUUGAGUUAUUACACCGAACUAAUCAUCUCCAGAUUAAAUUAUUUCUGACAGUUUUACAGUUAGAUUUGAUCCAGUUUAAAAGUAAAAGCUGGUUAUUUUGUCUGUGUUUGUGGAAUUAAAACUCCGUUCUGUUUUUAAACCCGAGUACCUCAUCCAAGUUCUGCAGAUGUUCAUUAUACCCUGAGACUAGAAUGUCAUCCAGAUAAACUGUGACGCGUGCGAUGUCUUGCAGAAUCCCUUCUAUUGUGUGCUGGAAGAUCGCUGGACUUGAAGCACCUCCAAAUGGUGGCCUGUUGGGAAUGAGAAACUCUGACACAACAGUACAUCCUGACCAUUGGUACUGUGUACACAUCAACAUACACACACGUCUCCAUGCUGGACAUCUCAGGAGCUUUUACACACAGUGCUAGGAAUAUCACGGGACAGAGAAACGCACCUCCAAAGUGUAUCAGUAUGAAGCAGGCGGUGACGGCGCACUGAUUCACUCUCGGAGCUCGGUUCACUAAUGACCGAAUCACCGUGGAACCGACUAAAGAUAACUCACACCUUACGGAGAAGAAGAACAAGAGGAGGAGAAGAUGAGCUGGAGUGGGGCAAAGAGAACUGCAUUCAGAUCAAAUGGAUACGAGAGAGGUGGCCGAGUUGUUUGAGGAUCUGAAGAAUCGAGUGUCACAAUUCAACAUGCACAUCAGCGAAACUUCCUCUCCCUCUGACUACACCAGCGCGCACACAGAAAUUCAUAGUGCAGGUGGCGAUUGCAGGCGCAUUUUAUCCGAACUGCUUCCUCCAGGGAACAGUGGACGAGGAGCUCGCCUCCAAGGAACUCUAUGGAAACGACCCCAGGACCACCAUAGUGGUGUGUAAUCUCCCUCCAUUUGCAUUCCUCUACCAUAAACAGCUCCAGUCUCUCUUCAGACACUGGUCAAGUCAAAUCCAUCUCCUUUGACAGCUCCAGGGCCUAUGUAGAGUUCUACCGCUCGUCAAUGAGAGGUUCUGGCGUUCUCCCAGAGGUCUCUCUGUCUCUCCUCCUCGCGCAGAAGAGACUUCCUCUCCAUCUCAACGUUUAACCCGCUGGAGAGGUGGAGACUUGGGCAGGGGGGUAGUGUAUCUCACACCUCAGAUAUACACGGUACACACACACACACGCACACUGCAGCGAGCAUUAUCAGAUGAGUCAUAGUUACAUUUUAAGUGAGAGUAGUCAUGUGACCACAUCCCCUAGACAGUGUGAUGUUUAGAUGAUGUUCUGUACAUUAGUGCUGUUCUGUUACAGGUCUCUCUCUCUCUGUGUCUCUCUCACUCACUGUGUGUGUGUGUCUCAGGGUGAAUGUGGAUUUUCAGAAUCAGUCAGUGAGCCCUGUCGGGGUUCUGAGCAGCUCCAUUGAGUUGGAGAAUCUUCCGUCUAACCCUGUCUUUAUCGUCAAUAUCACCGAGAGCCAAAAUACUGCAUGUCAUGGGGAGUAAUGUGGAGGUGUUCUUUGUGGACUUUGGAAACACUUCCAAGGUGCCAUGUAACUCUCUCUGGAACUUCCUGCUGACCGGCAAGCUCUGCCCUUUCAGGCUCAGGAGUUCAGCGUGGCGUGUUUGGCAUCAUCAGCACAGUCAGUCAAGAAGUCAGUGUUACAGACUGCAGUUCAUAGAAACCUCCUCACGGCUAAAGCUGCAGAGAUGGAGGUCGAGGGGACCAUGAAGAGGCGGCUCCAGCUGGCAUCAGAGCGAGAGUGUGGGCGCAAGAGCAGACUUUUGAUAAAGGAGGGUUGUGUUUGAGUUGUGCAGGCUUGUGUCACCUGACUUAAAGAAGGCAUUGUUUGAAGGGCUUGAUCAACACCUCCCACGGCUCCUGCAGUUGUACAACACCGAGAGGCAGUGAAAUACCCGAAAUCCAACAUGUGAUGACCCGCAUUGAUCAAGAGUUUAUUUUGGAUACAGGCAGAGGAAGCUCAGCAAAAGCUUAAGAGACAGAAUGGAGAGGACCCAGCCCUGCCUCCAUUCUGCC